UCUCUGUAGGUCUGACAAUAAACUCUUCAAUCUAGAAUCGCACUAAGUUCCUCCUGUUCUUUUAUGUUGUUGUGAUAAUAAUUAUUUUUAAAUGUAUCCUUUUUUAUUGGAUUUGUAACUCUGUGAUCCAUACACUCCUUCCUCCAAAUGAAACGACCUGUUAUGGUGUGAAAGUCAAUAAAAAAGAAGAAGGCUUAGUAGCGAAAAUGAAAGAAAAAAGCCCCUAGUGAAAAACUACAAGUCCCACAAUGCAGCGCGGAGGAGUUGUGUAACUUUCCAGCGUCUUCGAGGCGAAACUGUGCGGCCUGGUCGGUGAAAACUGAGCCGUUAGCCCGGUCCGGUCGUGCAGGCUCCGAGGGAUUUUGGACCGGGGCGGGGCCCGGGGAGCAGAAUCCGUCCGAAGCUUGGAGUUUGGGAGCUCGGAGCGGAGAAGUUAGAAGCCGAGAAGAAGCGAGGUUAGUGCGGGUUGGACGCGCGGAGGCCCAAAGGCCCAAAACAUGUCCUCCUCCUCACAGGCGUCUUCCAGGCGGCAGUGGUGCUACCUGUGCGACCUGCCGAAGAUGCCCUGGGCCAUGAUCUGGGAUUUCAGCGAGGCUGUGUGCCGGGGCUGCGUGAAUUAUGAGGGUGCGGACCGCAUCGAGCUGCUGAUAGACACGGCCAGGCAGCUGAAGAGGACCCAUGUGAUGCAGGACGGUAGGUCUCCUGGUCCUCAGCCGAGCGGUAAGCAUGGUCCAGGGGUGAAGGAUGGAGCUGUAGAUGGAGGCAGACCUCCUGGUGAGAGAUAUGAGAGAGCUAGAGGAGAUUAUGUCCCUGCUAGGCUCCCAAACGGGCUCCCCAGGCUUGAGGAUGGAGGUCCACCUGAGGUGAGCAGGCAGAGCCCCAAUGCCAGGAGGACUGGGCUGGUGGGAGCCGUUCCUCCAAACCUGAUGGCGCAAGGGCUCGUUGGAGCACCUCAUGGCUUGCUGACCGCCGUGCCGGGCCUCGGGAGAGCCGGGAGCGCCCCGCUGACCAUUUCCACCCCCAUGCUGAGCGAGAUAAGUAAGAGGCAGGCCAUGGGCAUGGGCAUGGGUGUUGGGGUGGCGUCUUUCAUGAGCUCCGAUUUCGAGAAGGAGCUGAAGGAGAAGCAGAGGAAUGCCGAAGCCUUGGCUGAGCUGUCCGAAAGUGUCCGGAACCGGGCCGACGACUGGGCCGGGCGCCCCAAAGCGGUCAGGGACACCUUGCUGACGCUGUCCAGCUGCACCCCCUUCAACGUGAGGUUCAAGAAGGACCACGGGCUCGUCGGCAGAGUCUUCGCCUUCGAUGCCAAGCUCGGGGUCGAGUUUGAGCUGAAGGUUUUCGUCGAAUACCCUUGCGGCUCCGGCCAGGUAUUCUCCAGCCUGCUCACGCUGGUCAAGCAGAUGUUCCACGACAGCCAGAAGGACACGGGCAAGGUGAUCAGCUCUGGCUUCAAAUACGUCGAAUACGAGAAGAGGCAUGGCACUGGAGAUUGGCGCCUGCUUUCGGAGCUUCUCAGUGAUGGAGUCAGGGCAUUUAAAGACCCGCCGACCCCCGAUGCCAUCCCACAGCCUUACCUGGACGCCAACUGCUCCAUGUUACCCACUGCGCUCUGCCACAUCGGCCGCCCGGCCCAGCCCCGUCUCCGCCGCCGCAAGGCUUCGCCAGAGCCGGAUGGUGUGGAUAGGCUGCCGUCAGAGGAGCAGCUGCGCCAGCACUGGCCCCUUGGCACGUACCCAGUCAUAGGCGGGCACAUUCCUGCCACCUCUAUGCCCAGCGCCGGGCAGCCUCCUCCUAGCCUCCAGGAGGGCCUUCCUGGUUCCCAUGGCAGUGACCCCUCACCCAUCACCGCCCUAAUGAGCGUGGCAGACAAUGUGGGCACCGCCGGCCAGUCUCCAAAAGAUGUGCCGGGCGGUAGUGGUGCCCACUCGUCCUCUGCGGGUCUCCAGAACAGCGCCAGCCCCUCUUCGGCCGGGCAGAGGCGCCUGGCAUCACGUAACGGAGAAGCACCGGCCGGGUCUGGAGGGGCAGCGGUCGCCGCAGCGAUGCCGACUGCUGGAGGGGGUGAUCAGGGGGCUGUGACGGGCAGCGACGCCGCCGGAGCGGGCAGCGUCCCUCUCUGCUGCACCAUCUGCCACGAACGGCUGGAGGACACACACUUCGUCCAGUGCCCGUCGGUGCCGGGGCAUAAGUUCUGCUUCCCCUGCACCCGAGAUUUCAUCCGCAGCCAGGGCUCGGGCAGCGAGGUGUACUGCCCCAGCGGAGACAAGUGCCCACUGGUGGGCUCCAACGUGCCCUGGGCAUUCAUGCAGGGAGAGAUAUCCACCAUCCUGGCUGGAGACGUGAAAGUGAAGAAAGAGAGAGACCCCUAACCUGCGGCAGAGCUGCUCUGUUUCACAGACACUGCAGUUCUGAACCCCAAAGACCGGCCGACGCCACAGCACUGAAGAGGCGACUGUUCACCCGCACACGUUCUCUUCCUCCAUCCCUCCAUCCCUCUCUCUUUAUCCUCCAUCCCUCUCUUUUUCCUCUCUACAUCCCUCUCUUUCCUAUCUUUAUCCUCCAUCCCUCUUUCCUCUUCACAUCCCUUUCUUUUUUCCUCUAUCCAUCCCUCUCCUCUCUACACCCUUCUCUUUCCUCUCUUUGUCCUCCAACCCUCUUUCUUUCCUCUCUUCAUCCCUCUCUUUCCUCUCUCUAUUCCCUUCUCUUUGUCCUCCAUCCCUCUCACCUUAUCUUUCAUCCCUUUUUCAUUGUCCUCCAUCCUUUUCUUUUUAUCCUCCAUCCCUCUCUCUCAUUACUUUUAAUCCUUCUCUCUUUUCUUCCUCUAUCCUCCCAUCCCUUUUUCUGUCCUCCCUCUACUCUCAGAUCACUCUUUUUUUUUUUCUCUCCAUCCCUCUUUAUUUCCUCGCUCUAUCUUCCCAUUCUUUUCUUUUCUUUUUUUUGUCUUCCAUCACUUGUUCCUCUCUCCAUUCCACUCUCUUUCCUCCCAUCUCUCUCUCUCCUCUAUCUAUCCUCCCGUCUUUUUCUUUCCCACUUUUUAUUCUCCCAUCCUUCUAGUGUUCCUCUCUGAACUCUUUAUUCUUCUUUCUUUCUUUUCUCUCUCUCUCUCUCUCUCUCUCUCCGCUCUGCUGGCCACGGUAAAGGAGAAUCCAGCCAUGUUUGUUGGAGACGCCCCAUUUAAAGUCCUUCUGCAGUACAAUCAGUUCCGUCUGUUGACUCCAACAGAGUUUAUAUUUCGCCCCAAUGUGUAACAGUGCUUUAAAGUAGAGCUUUUUAAUUCAAAUUUUGGGUGAUGAACCUAAUUGUAUUUGCCCUUAGUGUUAAUCACACUAUGAAACACCUUAAAGGGGGAUCACACCGAUUUUUCCAAAAAAAGUUUCUCCACAGUCCAGUGUGUGAGAUGUAAUCAGAGUGGUUUGGUGUAAAGUGGUUCAGAUGUCUUUACGUUGGUGGUGAUAGGAACCAGAGGUCGCCAUGACUACAACACAAAAAUAAAUCUGAAAUAAUACAUUCAGUAAAGAAAAUGGCUUUAUGUAGAACCAUAAACACUCAAAGAACCCCUUACAUGACUAAAGCGUUCUUUGCAUUGUGAAAGGGUUCUUCAGAUUGAUGGAGAAUGUGUUGUAUAUGGUUCUACAUAGCACCAAAAAGAGUUCUUCUGUUGUUUACGACUGGAAGAACCACGUCACAGUUGCACCAUUUAUUCAUGGAAUGGUUCUAUAUAGAACCAUGAACACUCAAGGAACCAUUUACAUGCUCGAAUGGUUCUUUGCAUGGUGACGUGGUUGUCAUGAUGAUGUAUAUGGUUCCGUUAAGCACCAAAAAGGCUUCUUCUGUUAUAUGUGAGCUUGACACAACAACAAGAGAAGAUCCUUUUUGGUGCUAUGUAGAACCAUAUGCCACACCUCAAUCUGAAGAACCAUUUCACCAUGCAAAGGACUAUUUAGCCAUGAAAUGGUUCUAUAUAGAACGAUGAACACUCAAAGAAUCAUUUGGAUGCUUAACUGGUUCUUUGGAUGGUGAAGUCGUUCUUCAGAUUGAUAUGUUGUACCUGGUUCUAUAUAGCAUGAAAAUGGUUCUUCUGUUGUUACAGCGAAAAGCUUGUAUUAAAUAAAAAGUUUUCAAAAAGGUUCUAUAUAAAAACAUAUACUCAAAAAGUGGUAUAUGGUUCUUUUAUUGUUACAGGCUUGACAUUGUAAUAAUAGAAGAACACUUUAAUCAUGCAAAGGGUUCUUUGAGUGUUCAUAGUUCUGUACUGAACAAAUUUCUUUACUAAAUAAUCCUCGAACCGUCAUUUUAAAGAGUGAGAUCAGAGCAUUUCACACCAAACCUCUCUGAAUGACUUUGAAAAAUGGGUGGUGUUCCCCCUCAGACAUAGCGUAAGAUGAAUGAUGACAUCUCUGAAUGUCCUGAACACCAGACAGAUAUAGAUUGUACAGCAGGAUUGUUUUCCAGGCCUUCACGGCCGCAAUCACAGCACUGUACACGAACACACUUUUUGUAUUGUUAUUGCAAAUGCUGCACACACCUCCAGUAGUUUUGGAAAUUAAAAGUGCUCAGAGUUCGUUUGAAAGCGCUUAACUAUGCCCAUUCGAAGCUUAACCCAGCAUGUAUAGAAAACUCUCUUUAUAUUUUAUACUCUAUGUAGAUUGUAAGAAAUACUCCCUUUCAAUGGUUAUAGAUGUGCAAUCUCUAGAUUUUAUACCGUAUUGCUUUAUGUACCACUAAGUAUCUGAAUGAACAGAAAAACCAAAGAUAGACAUGCCGGAUUAAAACAAUUGUAUCAUAUGAUGCUUUAGCAUAUAUUUUUGUGGUAAAAGUAAUAGCUUUCAUUAAAAUAUCGGCGCCAUAUACGGGGAAUGGUUCACGUUGGGAAUCGUAUAUAUUUAAGCCUGUCUGGGUGAAAACAAAGUACAUUUUUAUUAAAGUGUUAGCAGAUCACUAUAUUUUGUAUUGUAACCCUGUUCUAAGUUGUCGGGAGGCGGUGAGACGCGGAAGAACGUUUCUGUUUUCUACAGUUAUAUGGUCCAGAUUUUUUUUUCAUCCUUACAUGUCAAUGAUGUAUAACGAGUAAUACGAGAGUCCACCUCUGAAGUUUUUACAUGUUCAGUUCAGUUCUGUUAUUGUUUUUAGCUUUCACCUCUUUCAUCCUGUUUAACAAAUAGAAAAUUAUCUGAAUGACUAUGUAUGUAAACACGUAAACAAACGUACUGUUCUGUAAGACCUUUGUUUAAAAUUGGCUUCUAUGUUAUCGCUCAAAUUGUAUUUAAAUUAAAAGAUUGACCUGCUUUUCA